AUACUUCCGACUUUCUCGAGAGCGAGCCGGAAACGAAACCAAGUGCUCCCAGGCGCAGGUCCAAACAGCUAGCGCUUCCCAGUGAGCGAUCCCUCCCCAGAUUUCAAAAAUCAAAUGCCACGAAAAAGAAAGUCACCACAAAAGAAAAAGUCUCCAAAAAGAAGCUGGUGAUCGCCGAGAUGGACAAAACCGUCGGAGGGACGCCAAAGAAAAGCCCAAAAAGAACGGUCGCACCACCAACGCCAUUGUCAAAGCAGAAGCCGGCCCCGAAACGAAGACCUUCGUGCGGUCGCUCCGCUUCACAUGCGGCGAGCCCGUCGGUUCGCCCGCUCCCGAAAGUCACUCUGACGGUCUACCCGGCUUCUUCGAGGUCACCGUCCCCAGCGCCACAAUGCUCAAUUCGAGAGACUCGUAGCGAGACACCGGUAGUCCCCGACGAGCUUGGAUCCCAGAUCGAGCCGCUUCGCUCGGAGACGCACCGGUCCUCCUCCAUGGAAUCCCAUGGCAGCGAAAGAGAAAGCACUGCGUCAGCAAGCAACAGCACCGCCGUGGCUUCCGGUCAGCAACCCGGAGCAGUCACAUCCUCCUUCGAGCGGGCCAUGCAUUGCAUUCGCGUCCCCAUGCGCAUGUCACAAAGCGCCUACGACGAAAACAUCCUCCGCGGUCUAUGGUAUGGCCACUGCUACGCCGCCGAUUUCCUCGCCGUCUCCCCGCACAUUCGCCAAGCUGCCUUAUUGUGGUACCGCUACGUUCAAGCUCACUACCCCGAGCUGAACCAAGACGUAAGCGCCAUUGCCGGCGAGACGGACCCGGCUUUUUGGAACGAUACGGACCAAAUCGACCUGUGCCAUAGGUUGCUCAAAGUGGAUCCGAUUGCACAGCCGGACGAUAUGAAAGAGAUGAACGCGGUGCAGUCGGCGCUGCUGCAUAGGUCAAUGCAGCCGUAUCGGGAUUCCCACGCGCCGCUGGACAUCCCGACGGUGUAUGCGGUCAGCAGCGCGAUGAUUACGAGCGGGCAGGCGUCGCCGUUCUUGGGUUGGGCGUCGUCGCCUCCGCAUCGCGCUGAGCUUGGACACAUGGAGUUCGGCGGGACCCCUGCACUCCAACACCUCCAUCCAGAGAACAGGACGCACGGUUCUGACGCUACUACUACACCACGCAUCCGAGCGAGCAGCGCGACGCCCCCGCACGUGCGACGUGGUAUGUCCAACGACUCGCAGGAUCGUAGAGAGGUGACAUUUUCGGACAACUUGGAUCACUACUGGUUUGCCUUGGACAAUGUGCCUUAUUCUAGCCUCAACAUUUCGGAUCAUUAAUAGAAACUCAG